AUGGUCGAUAAACAACAACGAGUAUUUCUACUUACUGGUGCAAAUAAAGGAAUCGGCUUGGAAAUCGUCAAAAAACUCAACGUCAAGCAACCGGAUGACAUCAUUUUACUUGGUAGUCGUGAUCAGCAGCGUGGUAAAGCUGUUCUCAAACAACUUGGUUCACCAAAGAACGUCAAAGUACUUCUCGAUACUUCAUCCUUAGACAGCAUUCAAAAGGCGAAACAAGAAAUUCAACAGAAGUACGACGAUCAUCUUGGCACACUGAUCAAUAAUGCGGGCAUCUUUCAAUUUAGUCUCGAUUCAAAACCGUCGAAGGAAACGACGAAUACAAACUUUGAAGGUGUGACGAGGAUGAAUGAAACAUUUUUUCCAUUGAUUAAAGAUAAUGGUCGUGUAGUGAGCGUUAGUAGUGAAUUAAGAGCAAUUCAAAUGAAUGGAUGUUCAAACGAAUUGAAGAAAGAGUUCCGGAAUCCAAAUUUAACGAAAGUUCAGUUGGAUGAUUUAUUGAAACCGUAAGUUGCACACUUUUUUUUGUGAAAGGACUCUGAGUUUAUAAGCGUCUCGGAGAGGAUUUUAAGUUUAGAAACGAAACUGAUAAUAGCAUAUUCCACCUUGAUCAUGCUCCAGGAUCCCGUUCCCGGCUCGAGCAGAAUCCUGGAGAUGAGACAAAGAAAACAACUUUUCGGUUUGUCCGAUACCUAGUCAACCAUAUUGGGAGGAGUACAGGUUAUUUAGAGUGUGUAGUAAAAACAAGGGGGAAAGCACGGAAUCCUGGAAUCCCACGGAAUCCAAUGGAAUCCAAAGGAAUCGAAUGGAACCCAAAGGAAUCGAAUGGAAUCCAAAGGAAUCGAAUGGAAUCCAAUGAAAUCUAGCGGAACCAUAUAGAAUCUUGAAGUACAAACUGAUCUCUUUCGAUAUAUAUUUUGGAAAAUAGUAAUAAAAAACACAAAGAAACGAAGAGUAUAAAACGAUGAAGAAGAGAUCAAGAAUACGAUCUAAGAUGCAAUACUAAUCACGACUAACUCCUGACUACUUUUAACUGCUCCUCCUCCG